AUGGAAGGCAGACGUUUGGGCCAAGGCCUCUGGCAGUCCCCGCUGAAGGAGCUCCCGGGCUGCGGCUUCUUCCCACGGCAGCACUACGCCUCGGUGGCGCUGAACUCAGGGGACCAGGUCUACGUCCUGGGCGGCGGAGCCGGGGACAGCAGGGGCCGGUACCUGAACGACGUGUGGCGGGUGCGCCUCGAAGGUGCAGGCUGGCAGUGGCGCGAGGUGUCUCCCCACCAAGAGGGCCGCCGCGACAUGGACGGGAGGCUGUUGCUGUCCAAGUGGUCCGGGCGCGGUCGCUUCGGGUGCUGUGCAGCGGCCAAGGGCGGGGCACUGAAAGCGCUCUACGUGACGGGCGGUCAGGGCAGCACCUGCUUCGAAGACUUCUGGGCGUCUACGGAUGGGGAGUCCUGGUACUGCAUGUGCCAGAAGGUGCCCUGGGGUGGCCGCUUAGACCCAGGGCUUUGCGUGGUGCCCACUGAGUACCAGCAGCUCGUACUCCUUGGAGGCAUCGUGCCGGGCGUUGGGCUGCGUGUGGAGCGCGACCUUUGGCUCUCGGAGGACGCAGGAGCCACGUGGCACCUGCUGCAGACCCCGGACUGGGAGCCGCGCAGCUGCCCGGUGCUCUUCUUCUGCCCUCCCAGCCACGGCAAGCGGUGGCUGCUGGUGCUGGGGGGCGCUCGCCUUUCGGAGACCUCCGCUGGGGACCGCGCCCAUGCAAUCGGCCCCAAGUUUCUGGACGAUGCCUGGGCCGUGCACUUGGACUUUUUCACGCGCCAGGGCACGUGGCAGGACCUCGGCGAGGUCAAGGAAGAGCCUAGUGACAGGGGCUUCGACUGCCACUCUGCCGCCUUCGACCCCUCGGCCUGCGAGUCGAGCGCCGGAUCUGCCCGCGGCGCCGUGGUGCUUCUGCGGGAAGGCGUUUUCUACUCGGCUGCCCCUUCGGCGCUUCCAGCGUGGAGGAAGUUGACACUCAUGGAAGGCACCACGCCGGCCCCGAGUGGAAUGGCACGCCCACUGCUGGCCGCGGGCCCAUUGGCGCCUUGCCCCCGGCUCUUCGUCUUCACCGCCUCCGGUGGCUUCGCCUCCGGCGCAAAGGAGCUCAUGACGCAGCGCCAGGUCUUGCAGCUUCUGGGGCUGCAGCUGGAGAGAGCCUGGGCUUUGCCCCUGCCGCUCUGGCGCGGACCCUAG